UAAAAAGGUGAAGAAGCUUAACAUGUACAAGCAAGGUCGUGCUCAGCGUAAUAAAGCUGGUGAGAUUAUCAAAGCUGCUUACUUACAAGAUACUGCCGCACCUACUGCAAGAGUUGAUCCAAACCGCCGUUGGUUUGGUAACACCAGAGUCAUAUCCCAGGAUGCUCUUUCGCAUUUCAGAGAGGCUCUUGGUGAAACAAAACAGGACUCAUAUCAAGUUCUGUUAAGAAGAAAUAAGCUUCCGAUGUCUCUCUUAGAGGAGAAGGAUACUACUGAAUCACCAACCAACAGAAUCUUGGAAACUGAAAGUUUUGAACACACGUUCGGUCCAAAGUCACAACGAAAGAGACCAAGGGUUGCCAUAUCAAGUCUUGAAGAGCUUGCUGGUGCAACUGACAAGGAUGCUCAAGAUUACCAGGAAAAGAAUGAGUUGGCCACAACUAUGGGCCUCAUGGGUAAUGUUGAUACGGACGGUUGGACUGCAGAGGCCAAGGAGGCCAUUUUCCACAAGGGUCAAUCCAAACGUAUUUGGAACGAACUGUAUAAAGUCAUCGAUUCUUCGGAUGUGGUGAUACAUGUUCUCGAUGCCAGAGAUCCCCUAGGAACAAGAUGUGAAUCUGUUGAGCAAUAUAUUAAAAAAGAAGCAGCACACAAACAUUUGAUCUUUGUUUUGAACAAGUGUGAUUUGGUACCAACUUGGGUUGCCGCUGCCUGGGUAAAGCAUUUGUCAAAAUUCCAUCCAACAAUUGCAUUCCAUGCCUCUAUAACGAACUCCUUUGGUAAGGGUUCCUUGAUUCAACUUCUUCGUCAAUUUUCAGUGCUUCAUCCUGAUAGAAAGCAGAUCUCUGUGGGAUUCAUUGGGUAUCCAAACACUGGUAAAUCCAGUAUCAUCAACACUUUGAGAAGAAAGAAAGUUUGUCAAGUGGCACCAAUCCCAGGAGAGACCAAAGUGUGGCAAUACAUUACUUUGAUGAAAAAGAUCUUUUUAAUUGACUGUCCUGGUAUUGUACCGCCUUCUUCAAAGGAUUCUGAGGAAGAUAUCCUGUUCAGAGGUGUUGUCAGAGUUGAGCAUGUUACACAUGCCGAGCAGUACAUUCCUGGAGUGCUUAAAAGAUGUAAGAGACAGCAUUUGGAGAGAACAUACGAGAUCUCUGGAUGGAAUAACGCUACUGAGUUCAUCGAGCUCCUUGCUAAGAAGCAUGGUAGACUCCUGAAAGGUGGUGAACCGGAUGAGCAAGGUAUAUCCAAGCUGGUGAUCAAUGACUUCAACAGAGGAAAGAUCCCAUGGUUUGUUCCACCACCAGAGGAUGAAGAAAGACCACGUAAGAAGAGCCGUGAGGGCGGUGAAGUUGCAAAGGAAGAGGAGACUAACGAACAAGAAGAUGAGGAGGAGGGAAACGUUGAAGAAGGGGAAUGGAAGGGUAUUCAAGAUUGAUCUUUAAGUCUAUUUAAUUUUGGGCGGGGUUUACAAUAUACGUUGCAUUUACUGUGUA